AGAUGCGGGGUAUCGAUCCCUCUACUUCUCGCAUGCUAAGCGAGUGCUUUACCAUCUGAGCUACGUCCCCAUAUUUGCACUUUUAUUUUAUUAGACAAUGACCGUUUCACUACAUUUUGGAUGAUCGAAGAAACACGCAGAAAGUUAUGGUCAUAUUGGGGAGUAAACUAGCUGGGUGAAACACACAAUUGGGAAGAAUCUAGUGGCGCAUUUAAAUGGGAAGAAGAUGAUCAAUGAAUAUGUCAAGGAGCAAGAGAUUAAUCGAGGAAGCUACGGGAAAGUGUGAUGGAAAUCCAUAUGCUUUAAAGAAAAUUUGCAAGCCUCGAUUGCGCAAGGUGCGUGUGACACAGUCAGAAACAGCCAUGACCAAUGUUCUUAGAGAGGUUGCAGUGAUGAAGGUACUGGAUCAUCCAAACAUAGUUAACCUUGUUGAAGUGAUAGAUGACCAAAGAUCAGAUUAUCUCUAUAUGGCUCUUGAGUACGUGGAAGGCAAUGGUAUAAACAACAUUUCUCAAACGAGGGGACACAUAGAUGAGAUAACCGCAAGAAGAUAUUUCAAAGAUAUAGUUGCAGGUCUAACUUAUCUGCAUAGCCAUAAUAUUGCGCAUGGAGAUAUAAAGCCGGAAAAUCUUCUCCUCACAAGAAGUGGAAGGGUGAAAAUUGGAGAUUUCAGCGCAUAUCAUGCCUUUGAGGAUGACAAUGAUGAGCUCUGGAGGUACCAUGGAACCCCUGCCUUCAUGGCACCUGAAUGCUGCCUGAAUAAAGUUUACAAUGGAAAAGCAGCUGAUAUAUGGGCUGCCGGCGUUACUCUGCACUGCAUGGUAGUAGGCUACCAUCCUUUUCUAUCAGAUAGCUUACCAGAGACUUACAACAAGAUAACAACUUUGUAUUACCAUAAAAUCUUUCUGCUACAAUACAAUUUCCCUGCAUUUAUUAAAUUUUACCCUUUUUUUUAAACAGAUUGUGAACAGCCCUCUAAUACUUCCGGAAGAACUAGAUCCUGAACACAAAGAUUUGCUCCAAGGCCUUCUAUGCAAAGGUGCUAGUCUUUCCUUGAAAAAAACCCAAAAUUUGAA